CGUUUGCGUGGUGUCGUCAUGUCUGAGAUCGCUCCUGCUCCCGCCGCCGAGGCAGCGCCGGCAGCCGCGGGUCCUGUUGCCAAAGCUGCCGCGAAGAAGCCGAAGAAGGCGGCAGGCGGCUCCAAAGCUCGGAAGCCCGCGGGCCCCAGCGUCACCGAGCUGAUCAUCAAGGCUGUCUCCGCCUCCAAGGAGCGCAAGGGGCUCUCCCUCGCCGCGCUCAAGAAGGCGCUGGCCGCUGGCGGUUAUGAUGUGGAAAAGAACAACAGCCGCAUCAAGCUGGGGCUCAAGAGCCUCGUUACCAAAGGCACCCUGGUGCAGACCAAGGGCACGGGUGCCUCUGGUUCUUUCCGGCUGAGUAAGAAGCCGGGAGAGGUGAAAGAAAAAGCCCCCAAGAAGCGGGCAGCUGUUGCUAAGUCUAAGAAGCCGGUGGCCAGGAAGCCCGCCAGCGCCGCCAAGAAGCCCAAGAAGGCGGUGGCAGCGAAGAAGAGCCCCAAGAAAGCUAAGAAGUCGACGGUUGCUGUGGUCAAGAAGGCGACUAAGAGCCCCAAGAAGGCGAUUAAGGCUGCCAAGCCGAGGAAGGCGGCAGCAGCAGCAGCGAAGAGCCCGGCCAAGGCGAAGACGGUGAAGCCUAAAGCUGCUAAGCCGAAGGCGGCCAAGCCAAAAGCAGCCAAGGCGAAGAGGGCGGUGUCCAAGAAGAAGUAAGUCCCUGUGGAAGAAAGUUCCUGCCCUGCAUUAAACCCAACGGCUCUUUUAAGAGCCACCCACGUUUUCUGAAAAAGGGCUGAAAUGCAGAGCAUUAAAAGAUACUUGGUAAACGGUAAAA